AUGCCUAGCAGAAUGGGCUCAAAAAUUGAUUUGAACAAAGACUUCAUCAGAGUAAAAACACACUAUAGUGGGGACAUCCUGAUAACAAACUUGGAUGCAUCAAUGAGCUAUGAUGAACUUUGUGAUGAAGUGCAUGAGAUGUGUAAUUUACAACAGGAACAGCCAAUAACCCUCAAGUGGAUUGAUGAUGAAGGUGACCCAUGUACCAUCUCAUCUCAGAUGGAGCUGGAAGAAGCUUUUCGUUUGUAUUGUCAAAACAGAGAUGAAGGGCUGAUUAUUCAUGUUUUCCCAAGUACUCCAGAGAAACCCGGCAUGCCUUGUCCAGGAGAAGACAAAUCAAUCUACCGCCGUGGAGCCAGAAGAUGGAGGAAGCUGUACCGAGUGAAUGGGCAUUUGUUUCAAGCCAAACGUUUUAACAGAAGAGCGUAUUGUGGCCAGUGCAGUGAAAGGAUAUGGGGUCUCGGAAGGCAAGGCUACAAGUGUAUCAACUGCAAGUUGUUGGUCCAUAAACGUUGUCAUAUACUGGUUCCACUGACCUGCAAAAGGCAUAUGGAUUCGGUCAUGCCUUCCCAGGAACCUCAGUUAGAUGAUAAAAAUGAUGAAGUUGAUCUCCCUUCAGAAGAAACUGAUGGAAUUCCCUACAUUUCUUCAAACCGGAAACAUGACAACAUUAAGGAUGACUCUGAGGAUAUCAAACCAGUCAUUGAUGGAAUGGAUGGAAUUAAGAUUUCUCAGGGGCUUGGACUACAGGACUUUGAUUUAAUCAGAGUUAUUGGACGUGGAAGUUAUGCCAAAGUUCUUUUAGUUCGAUUAAAAAAGAAUGAUCAAAUCUAUGCUAUGAAAGUGGUGAAAAAAGAAUUGGUCCAUGAUGAUGAGGAUAUUGAUUGGGUACAGACAGAGAAACAUGUGUUUGAACAGGCAUCCAGUAACCCAUUCCUAGUUGGUUUACACUCAUGCUUUCAAACAACAAGUCGAUUGUUUCUUGUCAUAGAGUAUGUAAAUGGGGGAGAUCUCAUGUUCCAUAUGCAACGACAAAGAAAACUUCCUGAAGAACAUGCAAGGUUUUAUGCUGCUGAAAUUUGUAUUGCUCUAAACUUCCUACAUGAAAGAGGCAUCAUCUACAGGGACUUAAAACUAGACAAUGUUCUUUUAGAUGCAGAGGGUCAUAUCAAAUUAACUGACUAUGGCAUGUGCAAGGAAGGUUUGGGCCCUGGUGACACUACAAGCACUUUCUGUGGGACACCAAAUUACAUUGCACCAGAGAUCCUAAGAGGAGAAGAAUAUGGGUUCAGUGUGGACUGGUGGGCUCUCGGGGUGCUGAUGUUUGAAAUGAUGGCAGGAAGGUCUCCAUUUGAUAUUAUUACUGACAAUCCAGACAUGAACACUGAAGAUUAUCUUUUCCAAGUUAUUCUUGAGAAGCCAAUCCGGAUUCCAAGGUUCCUUUCUGUCAAGGCUUCCCAUGUGUUAAAAGGAUUUUUAAACAAGGACCCCAAGGAGAGGCUGUGCUGCCAGCCACAGACAGGAUUUGCUGAUAUCAAGUCUCACACGUUUUUCCGCAGCAUAGACUGGGAUCUGCUGGAAAAGAAGCAAACAACCCCUCCAUUUCAGCCUCAGAUCACAGAUGAUUAUGGUUUGGAUAACUUUGAUACACAGUUCACCAGUGAACCUGUGCAGCUAACCCCAGAUGAUGAAGAUAUAAUAAAGCGAAUAGAUCAGUCGGAAUUUGAAGGAUUUGAAUAUAUUAAUCCCUUGUUGCUGUCAACAGAAGAAACAGUAUGAAGGAAUUACAUCUUCCUGGUGGACAGUGUGAAUGACCUUUGAAUUUAUCCUUAAUUCCAGUACAUGCAUGUAAGGCUGGGGACCACGAUUUGGGACUGAGACCAAUGAUUUUAAAACAAUUGCUGCUGAAAAUCAAAGAAGAGAAAUUAUGAUUUUGGUGGGUGUUCUCCCACCACUUCACGAUUCUUAAGGUUUGGGCACUGAUGGAACUGGCUUCAUUAAUGAAGGAAUUUGCAUUUUGUGCCUGUUUUCAUGAAGGAUUGAUAUGUUCAUUGCAUCUCUGGACAAGGAGAUUCUGAGAAACUUUGGAGCUCUACACACUUUCUACAUACACUUGAUGCAAUGAGCUGCCAAGUGAAGAUUAUCACAGUGUAACAUCCUGAAGAAUAAAAUAUAUUACGGUGGUGUUGAAGCUUA